CGCCAGGUUCGUAACGCCCCUCUGUUUUCUGUUUGCUUUCCAGGUCACGAAUCAGUUUCUGAAACAGUUAGGUAUACAUCCUGACUGGCAAUUUGUAGAUGUUUAUGGUAUGGAACCAGAACUGCUUAGCAUGGUGCCAAGACCUGUUUGUGCAGUGCUACUUCUCUUUCCAAUAACAGAAAAGUAUGAAACCUUCAGAACAGAAGAAGAAGAGAGAAUAAGAGCCAAGGGGCAAGAUGUCAAAUCAUCAGUGUAUUUCAUGAAGCAGACCAUCAACAAUGCUUGUGGAACAAUUGGACUAAUUCAUGCUAUUGCGAACAACAGAGAUAAAAUGAACUUUGAAACUAAUUCUUCAUUGAAAAAGUUCCUAGAAGAUUCGUUAUCUAUGACUCCUGAAGAGAGGGCCAAAUAUCUAGAAACUUACGAAGCUAUUCGUGUCACUCAUGAAUCCAGUGCCCAUGAAGGUCAGACUGAGGCACCAAGUAUAGAUGAGAAAGUAGAUCUUCACUUUAUUGCAUUAGUUAAUGUAGGUGGUCAUCUCUAUGAAUUGGAUGGACGCAAGCCAUUUCCAGUAAACCAUGGGGAAACUAGUGACGAUUCUUUUUUAGAGGAUGCAAUAGAAGUUUGCAAGAAAUUCAUGGAACGUGACCCAGAAGAAUUAAGAUUUAAUGCAAUCGCACUGUCUGCAGCUUAAGCUUUUUCCAGUUGGGCUAAUCUAUCAUGACAUGCUGUAAUAGUAAAACUCUUGCUAUAUGUUAAUAAUAGAAAUUUUGAUACUUCUCUAACAUGUUGAUUAACUGUAGCACACGUGGAAUAAACUUUGGAUUUGUCCUUGCUAUUUCUUGCUGCUUGUUCCUAAAGCAACUUGGAUAUUUAUAUACACGCAUGCAUUUCAUGUAAGACUUCUGUGAUGGGUUUUUUCCUCCGUUUUUCCCCCAUUCCCAUUAUAAUAUAUGGGAGUUAGUGUCUGUGAUACUCCAUCCUUUAUCAACAUAAUGACCUAAUUCAGAGCAGGAUUAUCCUUCAUAUCUAACAUUUGGAUUGGUGUAUGUGGUAUGUUAAUGGGUAGAAACUUUGAAGUCUGAGGCUAUCUGCAUCUUACUUCUAGUUAAAAUGAUAUGGGAAUAUUAUAAGAACUUUUGCAAGUGACUCAGAAGGCAAAGUCAGUUUUUUCACUGCAUUAUUUGUUAAUAAAUAAAUGGAAGAAGAAAAAGCCUGAACAGAGGACUGACUGUUUCUAAUUACUGUUGGUGAGCACUAACAUUUUAAAACUAUCUUAUCUUUACAUUUUGAAUAAAAAUUAAUUUCGCUUUUCAAGCCUUAUGUAAAUAAAUUGCCAGAAGCUUUAGUUCAA